AUGGUGCAUAGAAGAUUCAUAAGAGAUUCAUUUUGGGGAAGGUUGGCAUAUCAUCUCUCUGGACAUAAGAUUCUUAAGCACAAUGAAGAAGAGCCAGAUUAUGUUGUCCCAGAAAAAUAUCUCGUAGGAUAUGGUGCUCAAGCUAAUGAAGGUAAGGGCUCAUCCUCAGACACAAGUAGUAUUUCUACUGAGAAAGGUGCAAAUGGUGAAACUAACACCCCAGUAGAUCCAUCUAGCUCUACUGAAGAAAAGUCCGAACAAAUAAUUGUGGACUGGGAUGGUCCAGAUGAUCCGGAAAAUCCACAAAAUUGGCCAUUGUAUCAAAAGAUUUUCUUUGCAUUCGAAAUUGCAUUUUUGACUGUUUCAGUGUAUAUGGGAUCUGCUAUUUAUACCCCAGGGAUUGAAGAGAUAAGGGCCGAUUUUGAUAUUAGUAGAAUUGAAGGGACUUUGCCAUUGACCCUCUUCGUCAUCGGUUAUGGUAUUGGUCCAAUGGUAUUUUCUCCAAUGUCUGAAAAUGUCAUCUUUGGAAGAACUUCAAUCUAUAUUGUCACCUUAUUUAUAUUUUUCAUCUUACAAAUCCCUACUGCUUUAUCUAAAAACAUUGCAUCUUUAUGUGUUUUAAGAUUUAUUGCUGGAUUUUUUGCUUCGCCAGCAUUGGCUACUGGUGGAGCUUCCAUCGCUGACGUUCUUUCUAUGCCUUUCAUGCCAGUAGGUAUUGCAGUGUGGUCUAUUGCAGCUGUUUGUGGUCCAUCAUUGGGUCCAUUAAUUGGUUCAGUCUUUGCACAGUUGAUUGGUUGGAGAUGGACAUUCUGGUUCAUGCUUAUUAUUUCAGGUUCUUCAUUCUUAGUCUUAGGAUUCUUUUUACCUGAAACCCAUCAAGAUACAUUGCUUCACAGAAAGGCAAAAAGAUUGAGAGCAAUCACUGGUAAUCCAAAUAUCACUAGUAACGGAGAAAUUGCCAACAAGAAGAUGACCAGAAAUGAAUUAAUUAUCGAUAUUCUUUGGAGACCUUUUGAAAUCACUAUCUUCGAACCUGUCGUGUUAUUGAUCAAUGUUUACAUUGCUUUAAUCUAUUCCAUCAUGUACUUAUGGUUUGAAGCAUUCCCAAUUGUUUUGGUUGGUACGUACCACUUUAACUUGAUUGAGAUGGGUGUUUCAUAUGUUGGUAUCAUGAUUGGUAUUAUAAUUGGAGCAGGUUUUUACAUUCCAAUCAUUUAUAGGAUAUUCACCAAGAAGCUUCUCAAUGGAGAAGGUGUUGUUCCUGAAGUCUUCAUUCCUAUGGCCAUUGUCGGUGCCUGCUUAAUGCCUGUUGGUAUUUUCAUUUUCGGAUGGGCUGCUUCACCUGAUGUACAUUGGAUUGGUCCACUUAUCGGUACUGCAAUUUUUGCAAUGGGUGCCUUCCUUGCGUUCCAAACCUUAUUCAAUUAUUUGGGUAUGUCAUUCUACAGAUAUUUGGCAUCAGUGUACGCAAGUAAUGAUUUAUUCAGAUCGCUUUGCGCAGGUGCCUUACCAUUGGUUGGGGAUCCAUUAUUCGAGAACCUUGGAUCAGAAAAGUUCCCAGUUGGAUGGGGCUCCUCUCUUUUAGGAUUCAUCUGUGUGGGUAUGAUUGCUAUUCCAGUUCUUUUCUACUUGAAUGGUGUCAAGUUGCGUGCUAGAUCUAAGUACGCUGGUGAUGGUAGUGGACAUUAA